GUCAACUAUGUCCCACGAAACUCGUCCACAUUUUGUCAAAGACUUUGUAUACAACUCUUUCCAAAUUCCAAGUUAAUCAAAGCAUCUUCUUCUUUUUCCUCCUCUUCCGCCAUUGAAUAACAACAAUGGCAGGGGAAGUCAAGAGGAAGAUUUCAGCAUCAUCAGCAAGGUCGCAUACCAGGAAAUCCAAAUCCGAAUCUUCCUCUUCUUUCCCGUCAGGGUUUUUCAUACUAUUAGUCUUCAUUAUCGGGUUUCUGGCAUGGGCUUAUCAAUCAGCUUGUCCACCCCAACCCAAGAAACUCGGAUCUCCAGACGGACUUCCCAUUACAACACCUAGAAUCAAGCUUCGUGAUGGAAGACAUUUGUCCUACAAAGAAUACGGUGUACCAAAAGAAGUCGCCAAAUACAAGAUUAUUUAUGUUCAUGGAUUCGAUUCUAUCAAGUAUUAUGCUGUUAUCGCUACAUCAGCCUCCCCGGCCCUAAUUGAAGAAUUGGGGAUACAUAUUGUCUCAUUCGAUCGACCUGGUUAUGGAGAGAGCGAUCCAAACCCUAACCAAACUUUACAGAGUUCGGCUUUGGAUAUCGAGGAGCUUGCCGAUCAGUUAGAACUCGGAUCAAAGUUCUAUGUAGUCGGUUUUUCAAUGGGAGGUCAAGCGAUCUGGUCUUGUUUGAAAUACAUUCCUCACAGGUUAGCAGGAGCAAGUCUUAUAGCUCCAGUAGUUAAUUACUGGUGGCCACGUUUGCCAUUGAAGCUAUCUCAAGAAGCGUAUUCAAAGCAAUUCAUUCAGGAUCAAUGGAGUCUACGUGUUGCUCAUCACCUUCCAUCAUUGACAUUCUGGUGGAACACUCAGAAGCUGUUUCCUUCUUACAAAGCUAUCGCUCAUAGCCCUGAUAUUCUUUCUCAGCAAGACAUGGAACUCAUUCCCAAGUUUACAGCUGGCAGGGGACCCAUUGAGGGACAAGUAAGACAGCAAGGAGAAUAUGAAUCAGUCCACCGUGACUUGAAUAUUGGAUUUGGUACCUGGGAAUUCGACCCAAUGGAAAUUGAGAACCCGUUUCUGGAAAAUGAAGGAUCCGUUGAUAUAUGGAUGGGUGAUGAUGAUAAGAUUGUGCCUGUGACAUUGCAACGUUAUAUUGCCCAACAGCUUCCAUGGAUAAGGUAUCAUGAGCUCAAGGGUGCUGGUCAUAUGUUUCCUUAUGCUGAUGGGAUCAGUGAUGAGAUCCUAAAGGAACUUCUUCUUGGUAAAAUUUAG